AUGAAUGACAUCGCCGUAACACAUCGCUGCAGUGACCUAGCAUCUUGUAUAGACACACCUGGCCUGGUGCAAAUGCCACAUGCCACGAACGACACGUGCCCAUGGAAGCUGGUGGGGAAUGGCGACUACCUGCAGGUGGCGGUGGUGGCAGCAAAUGGGAAGCACCUCCAGGUAGCCAUGAUAGUGUUGGUGGCGGAGGCGAGGGGAGUGGCAACCAUCUGUAAGCCACUGCAUUAUGAGAUAAUAAUUAACAGGAGAGCUUUAAUCCAGAUGGCUGCCAGUGCUUGGGCUGCUGGUGUCAUGUACUCUGCACUGCACACUGGGAACACCUUUAGUCUCCCCUUCUGCCACUCAAAUAUCAUCAACCAGUUCUUCUGUGAAGUGCCCCAGCUGCUCAAGCUCUCUUGCUCUGACACAUACCGCAGAGAGCUGGCAGCAAUUGUCUUGAGUAUAUUUUUAGCAUUAUGCUGUUUUGCUUUCAUCGUUGUGUCGUAUGUUCAGAUCUUCACUGCAGUGUGGAGAAUCCCCUCGGAGCAGGGCCGGCAGAAAGCCUUCUCCACCUGCAUUCCUCACCUUACUGUUGUCUACCUGUUUCUUUCCACUUCCAGCAUUGCCUACAUGAAGCCCGUCUCUGACUCCCCGUCCCCUCUGGAUCUCCUGGCAGCUGUUCUGUAUUCAGUGGUGCCUCCAUUGAUGAAUCCAGUCAUCUACAGCAUGAGGAACAAGGAGAUCCAAGCUGCCCUGAGGAAACUGCUCCACAGGCUGAUCCGCUCCAAGAACAGUCUGUCCAUCUUUCUUUCAUGACUUUGCUUUACUUAUAUUUUUCUUUUCUAAUUUACACAUGCAAUUAGUUUUUUCAUAGUAUUGUGUGAAUCCUCCAUAUAAAACAUGAAGGUGGGGGGUUAAUUCUGUAACUCUGUAAUGUCAAAGACCUGGCUUUUAUCAUUAUGUGCUGACACUGUUGAAGUGGGAAAGUAAUGUUUCAUGCAUCAAUUUUACUGUCUUUGCACCAUCUAAAAUAUAUCCUAUCAAUUGCAAGAUAAUGAAGAAUUAAAGAGUUUUGUUUACUAAUUGGUGCAAUCAAUUAUUCAGAUGACAGAAUAUACAGGCAAAUCUCCAGAUGAUGUGAAACUGGAAUGAAGUGCAAGUACUUUAGGGGACAGGAAUAGAGUUCAGAUGGAUGCGGAUAGAUUGGGGAGCUGGGCUUGAAACAAUAAAAUGAAGGCCAAGGAAAUAAAUGCAAGUUGCCGCACGUAGGGGAGAAUAAUCAAAAGCACAAAUACAGCUUUGGUUAUAAAUUGGUGGUAUCAUGGUUGAAAAGGUGGGUCACAGACUCAAUAUGAACCAGCAAUUUGGUGCAACUACAGAAACAUUAAUGCAGUUUUGGGCUGCAAAAACAGGAAUAUUAGACGUAAAACAAGCGUGUAGGUUGUAGCCGUGUUGGUCUAAGGACACAGGCGGACAAGGUACUUAGCGUGAAUAUGAUACUUUUCAUUAGACCAUCUUAAAUAUUUGGAAACUUAUUUCAUAGCAAGCAUUUGGGUUUAAAAGCCAGGAAGAGCACACACCAACUGCAGAUGCUUCCCCAGACUGACAAAGGGGUGUGAAACCCAAAAGCUUCCUAAGAAAGAUGUCAAACAUGGGAGGUGAUAGUACCACUUGACAUGGUGCUAGUUAGACUUCACCUAAACUACUGUGCGAAUUUCUGGGCUUCACAUCUUAAGAAGGAAAAUGAAGCAGUUAGAAAAGUUCAGAGAUAGGUGACAAGCAUGAUAAAUGGUUGGAAGGCAAGCCAUGUUAAGGAGAGAUGGAGAGAACUAGGCAUAUUUAGCUUGCAGAAAAGGUAAUUAAGAGGCAGAUCACAGCAGUCUUGAAAUAUCUGAAAAACUGUUGUACAGAAGAGGGUGAAUAAUUGUUCUCCCUUGUUGAAUAGGGAAGCACAUCAAACUUCAGAUGAUAGCAAAGUAGAUUUAGAUUAGAUUUCAGGGGGAAAGCACCCUUGUUUCUAGAUCAAUGCAGAUGUGGAAUAGACUGCCCAGGGACGUUGUGGAUUUUGCUUCAUUUCAGGUUUUCAAAAAGAGGAUAGUCAUUGCUCACGGAUGAUUUAGGAGUAACAGGCUUGCAUUUGUGCAGGGGGUGGACCACAUGAUCCUUGAGGCCCCUUCUAACCCUAUAAGUUUAUUAUUAUCAUCAUUGUAAUAGCAUUAUGAAUAUAUAGUGGAUUAAUACAGUCAACUGCAAGUGAAUGGACACUGAGACAGAAGGAUUACCGUGUGUCUUAUUACAUAAUCUCUUUUUUUUUUCUUUUUUUUUGGGGGGGGGGGUAGACAAACAGAUGGGUACUAGUCUUCCUAAUAUUUCAUGCACGUGUGAACUGCUGGGACUCGAGUUGACAUUGUUAGGGUAACGAUAUGGAUUUUGGAUGCAGGAGUAACGAUAGGGAAUUUGGGGAGUGCUGAGCGUGCAGCUAAAUGAAGGCUUUUACCUGUGUCUCAGCAAAAAGCUGCUGGUCACAAGAUUGGAUGAUAUAUUAAAAGGUAACCUCAGGAAAAGCUGCUGGUCACAAGGCUAGCUGACAUAUUAAAAGCAACCAAUUUAGCUAGUGCUUAAGUAAGCGGAUUCUUAACAAAAGGAUAGAGUGCAAAGUGCAUGAUGUGUUAAGCAACUAGUGCCAGGAGACAACAGCAAAGAUACAGCCUUGGAGAUGGAGAAGUCAGCAAGAAAACCAGCAAGAACUGGCGAGAAACUGCAAAGUGACCAAAAGAAGAUAGGGGUCAAAAGUUUUAUGCAUGCGCUCUUAGCAGAGAGGCAUGUAAAUGAAUGAAACGCAUAGGUAAUACCAAGCUAAGGAGGCAAACAGUAAACAGGUGGAGAUGGAGAUGGGAGGAGAAAUGGGUGGAACCACAGGAAGGUCAUGGGUGGAAUCCAUGUAAAUAUGUAUAGACCAGGUGUAUGAAUAUUGAAAAGAACUGUUGUUCAGGGCUGCUCCCUGUAUUCGGUUAGUGAGGGAGCUCGCUCAAAGCCAACUCCACUCUGAAUAAAGCUGUUGCGAGCAAUGUGUGCUGGUGUUUGCUCCCUGCCCUGCUCUGGCUAAUGAGCAACAGGAUCCCUGGGCAAUUGCACCAUCAUCUCCCCAGUUGUUUGGUUGCCGCAUGGAGUCGGGGUCUAACAGACAUGACUAAGGUUUUGUGAACUUGUCCGGUUAUAGCAACACAGCACUUUCCAAAUAAAAAGUGUUUUAAGGGAAAUGUCCUGAUCAGCUUUGCUACUGAUCACAUGAAACUUUCUGGAAUUAGCCCGUGUCUUAACUACUGUACAUAAGCUUUGAAUACAGCAAUAUUCUGUCUAAACCUCGGUAUGGCAAAGCGCUUCCUCUUUCCAUCUGAGAACAUGCUUCCUUGCCCAUAUCUCCCAAGUGCUCCUUCAUCAUUUUUUUCUCUCCAGGCUCUGACUGCAAGGUUUCAGGGCAAGGAUGAGAACUACAAACAUUAGGAAGCUCAGUCAGUUUGGGCCCACAGUAAGCCAUGAAACAAGCCUUUUUUGCACCACAGGGGAAAGGAUACCCAAGGAGAACAUUCAUGUAGAUCUCCUUAUGGAGACAUUUUUAUUUGUGAUGCAGAAAGAUUUUUUUUUUUCCAAAUGGCAAAAGAAAUGAUUCAAGGCUAAGGGAGGCAUGCCAUUGAUGAACAGAUUCUCAUUAAUCUGUGUUAGAGCACACAAUUUCUGCCAAAGCCUUGAGAUCCAGUGUUCAGAGGGCUAGCACAUUCAAAAACGCUUUGGCAUUAUUGGGUGCCUAACUACAUUUGGCUGGUUUGGAAACAGCUGUCUCAUUAACUCCAAGCCUUCAUACUGUGUUUUGAUCAAAGUAAGGGAGGGUUACCAGAUCACUGGGGAAAAAAAAUCAGGGUCAUAAAUAUCUGUUCACCACUGUUUAAACAGGUUCAGGUUUAAAAAACAAACAAACCCCUUAAGGAAGUUAGGUGCUUACUUUAAAUGAGAUUUAAGGUCUCAAACUCAGUUGCCUGUUUCAAAAUAUUCAUAGGAUCCUAGGACUGGAAGGGAGAGUAUUGAUUCUUCCUAUAAUAUGGUCCUAAUACAAAAACGCUGUUCCUUGGGUGCAUCUAUUCAUUAAAUUAGCAGUUGCAUGAACUCCAUUACAGUUCUUGUUGGAGUUUCUUGUUCCUGGGUGCAGAAUUAGAGUAGAUGGCAUUAGAUUAGCAAUCUGCUCCGAAUAAUCCUUGGCAGUGGUGGGGCCACAGAGGACAGGGGGUGGGGUGGGGGACCUGUCCAUGGCUCUUGUGUGGAGAUCAGGAUCUCAGUCCAGCUCGAUGGUGCUGGCUUGGGGUGAUGCCUUGUGCCCGAGUGUGGGGAGCGGGCAGGGUGGUAAGCACUGCUGGGACUGGGGAGAGGGGAGACACGAGGGGGAAGCAGCACCAGGCCUUUCCUGUAGGAUUUGUUAAAGACACCAUCAGCAUGCCUAGGUGGGAAAUGAAGAUCCCAUGUAACAAAAAGGAUCGAAGGCCAGACCAGUGAAGGGUGGGUCGGGGAGGGAUCAUGCCCUCAUCCUGCUAAAUGAGGUCCCCCAGCUGGCUGGUGGGUCUGAGCCUGGUUCCUGCUCUCCCCACUGCAGCACUGCUCAAUUUAAAGGGGUAUACAUACACAGGGUGCCGCCCCCAGCUGCUCCCAGCCACGUUCAAGGGAAGGCUGAUUUUGGUAUCCCCCUGCAGCAGGGAUGUGUGAGCUUCUGCUGCUUUCAGAUCUGCUCAGAAGACAAGGGCUUUGCCCCAGCUCAGAGCCCUCUUAUUAUGUUUUCUGCCAUGCAGUACAAGGUGUAUAUGUUGUCCAGCUUCUUACCCCCUCACAUCUUCUCCCUGCAGUCCCGGUGCUGCUUAGCCCCAGUGCCAGGCAUAAGGUGUCAGAGGGCCUGGGAUCCCAAGAUCCGUGCAGCUGGGAGCUGUUCCCCACUUCAGGACAGUUCCCGCCUCUCUCCAAAACUCAGGCUUGUCCCCUGUGCCCCCUGCCAACCCAGACCUGGCACCGGGGAAGCCUGGAGCUCCCCCUGGCUGCUGCAGGGGGGCAAAGCAGGGCAGGUGUAUAGAAACAGCCCUGUAGUCAACUGUUCCCACUGGGAGCAGAUUUGCUCCUGAUGCAGGUGCACAUGUAUACAUGUACCCAGGUGCAGUUUAGUGGGUUGAUAGUUUUUACCAUGCAACACGUUUUGCCAUAUUGUGCUGAGUUGCUACUGCAGAGCAGUGUAACAGCUGUAUAUCUCACUGGGCUGCAAGCUUGGUGGACGCACCAUGUCUAGUACCCUUUGCAUAAAGGCUGCCAAUGCCUGCACUGGGUGCCAUGGUUUUUCCAAGCAGGAAAAUACACUAUGCACCAUGCAUGCUUUUUAUUGGACCAUCUGCAAUGUAAUUAGAGCCCUCGCUGAAAACUGAGGGCUCCAAUUGGCUGUGCUUGUGCUUUAAAGCACCCCUAAUGUGGGAAAGGUGGAGAGUAGGAUCCAAUUCCAGCUUUGAGAGAGACGGGGGCAGAGGUUCAGCCCCCCACUCCUCCACUGGAACAGGAUCUGAGGCUUGCUCCAGGAGCUGACAUGCCAGAAAGCAGUCAGUGACUGGGAGGCGGAAUGGGGGUCCCCUCACAAGCAAUCUUGCCAAAUGGGGGGGGGGAGGGGAGGAGGGGGCGUUCCCCCAUGGCCGAUCACAUUGACCAGGAAGCAUCCACGGCACUCCUGGAAGUGGCCGCAGCACUCCUGGUAGUGGCUGCGGCACUGAUGAAAGGAGUUCAGAGCCUCAAGAAGAACAGGAGCUGUGUUCACACCAGGUAGUGGCAGAUCCUCACAAUAAAUGUGUUGCUAUUUAUUACAAUGAGAGGGGAGCUUAAAUUUUAAAAGGAAACUGUUUUGUUUUUCUCAAAAGGAUAUGACCAUGCGAGUGUAAUCAGUGCCGGAGUCUGCUGUAAGGGAACAACCCCCUGUAUUACAAUUAUUCACUUACAGUUACAUUGCUAGAUUGUAUUCAAAUGAUUGGUUUUAAUAUUCUCUAUUGAUAAUAUAUACAUGUAUAUAUGCCUUCUUUUUGAUUAAUCUCUCUUCCUGUAUAUAGUUAUAUAUAUAAUAAAGAAACCCAUCUGUUCA